UAUAUAGUGUAUAGGGAAGGAAUGUCAGACUAGAGGAGGGCAGGGGUAUAUAGUGUAUAGGGAAGGAAUGUCAGACUAUAUAUCAUUAUACUGUGGGAGCAGCAGGAGAGCCGGGGCUGCAAAUUGCUAAAAUCAGUCUGAUCUGUAUAACAACACUGAGCUCCUGCCGACCUCUGACUCUCUCCUUAUACUCACUGUACUAAGUACUAUCAACAUCUCUGUAAUUCUACUGCUUGUACUGCAAUGGGACUGUAACCCACCAACAAAAUGGCAGCACCCCCACCUUAUAGAGUCUGAUACUAAAGCUGUGGGCUGAACUCAAACUGGCCAAUAGCAUUAAGAAAGGAAGGAAGUGACUCCCCCAGGAUUGGAUUAUACAUUCCCAGUCUCCUCCCAAUACACAUCCCUCACAGAGCCGAGAUUUAAAGGGACUCACUGGGAACUGUGUCCUGCAACUCCCUUCUCCUGUGUCCCCGACAUUCCCAUCCUCCGCACUCACAUCUCCAGCCUCAUCUACUGGUAAGAAGAAGGAGAUGCAGAACAUACCAGACCACCAUAAAGCACACAGAGGUUGCAAGCAGUAGAAUCCAGGGAUUACUCCGAUACAACCCAACCAAGGAGCAGCUACAGGGUGCAGGAGUGGGUAAAGCACCACCACAUGUAGACAACGUGUUACUCAACAAACAGAACAAGAAUUUGCAAACCAAACAGCACCUGUUCUUUUCAUGAGCAACUUUUUAGAAGAAUGAAAAAUGAGCAGCAAGGAAACAGCCUUCCGGGGCAUCAAAAUGUUAUCAAAGAAGAGAAAAAAAUAAUUUGUGAAGAAUGUGGUAAAAUCUUUCCUUUUAAGACAAAGCUCCUUACACACCAGAGAACUCACACCGGGGAGAAACCCUUCCAGUGUACAGAAUGUGGCAAAUGCUUCUCUCAGAAGCGCAGCCUCCAUGUACAUGCAACUACCCACAGGAAUGAAAAACCAUUCACAUGCUCAGAAUGCGGCAAAGGCUUUUCUGUAGUGCAACAACUCCGAAUUCACCAGAUGACACACACAGGGGAGAAACCCUUCACAUGCACAGAAUGCGGCAAAGCGUUUCUGCACAAGCGCUAUCUCCGGAUGCACCAGGCCAUUCAUACAGGAGUGAAGCCUUACACAUGUACAGAAUGUGGGAAAAGCUUUUCAGAAGGGAAUAGACUUAGUAGACACCAGAGAAGUCACACAGGGAAGAAACCAUAUCAAUGUGCAAAAUGUGGGAAAUGCUUCUCUGAAAAGGCAAGACUUGUGGUACAUGAGCGGGUGCACUCUGACGUAAAGCCCUUCUCAUGUUCAGAAUGCGGCAAAGCUUUUUCUAUCAAAUCACGACUGGUGAUUCACUGGAAUACUCACACUGGCACUAGGCCUUACUCCUGCUCAGUUUGUGACAAAGGUUUCAGUCAAAAAAGUCAUCUUCAGCGUCACCUGACUGUUCACACGGGAGAGAAACGUUUUGCAUGUAGAGAAUGUGGAAAAUGCUUUAAUGACAAAAGCCACCUCAUGAGACAUGAGAGACUUCACACAGGGGAGAAACCCUUCACAUGUUCAGAAUGUGGCAAAUGCUUCUCGGCCAAGAGAAACCUUCAACGUCACCAUAAAACUCACACUGGGGAGAAACGUUUUACAUGUACAGACUGUGGGGAGAUAUUCAGUAAUAGAAAAAAACUACUGAUCCAUCAAAUAGUUCACUUUAGAGAGAAACCCUUCACAUGUUCAGAAUGUGGGAAAGGCUUCUCGGAAGAGAGCAGCCUUCAAACACACCAGAACAUACACACACAGGAGUUCAUGUGCACUGUAUGUAGGAAAGUCUUCACUAGUAACAGCAAACUCUUGAGACAUCAGAAAAUUCAUACAGGAGAGAAACCCUUAACAUGUUCAGAAUGUGGCAAAAUCUUUCCUUUUAAGACAAAGCUCCUUAGACAUCAGAGAAUUCACACCGGGGAGAGACCUUUCCAGUGUACAGAAUGUGGGAAAUGCUUCUCUCAGAAGUACAGCCUCCAAGUACAUGCAACUACCCACAGGGAUGAAAAACCGUUCACAUGCUCAGAAUGUGGCAAUGGCUUUUCUACAGGGCAACAGCUCAGAAUUCACCAGAUAGCACACACAGGGGAGAAACCCUUCACAUGUUCAGAAUGUGGGAAAGGCUUCUCGGAAGAGCACAACCUUCAAACACACCAGAAUAUACACACACAGGAGUUCAUCUGCACUGUAUGUAGGAAAGUCUUCAACAGUAACAGCAAACUCUUGAGACAUCAGAGAAUUCAUACAGGAGAGAAACCCUUCACAUGUUCAGAAUGUGGCAAAUGUUUUCCAGACAAGUGGAAACUUCAGCGUCACCACAAAACUCACAGCAACCCCAAGAAGUUAAACCGUUGAUGUAGAGAAUGGGGGAAAAUGUAUUCCUAUAGCUACAAGUCUGCUCCCCCACAAGGAAAGUCUCAUGGGGCUGGAAGUAUAAAAUGUAGAACUGUUGGCCAUAUAAUAAGAGACUGCUCGAAUGCCUACACUCCCCAAGAAGAUAAAACUUUCAGAUGUAGAGAAUGGGGGAAAAUGUAUUUCUAUGGCUGCAAGUCUCGUGGGACUGGAAGUAUAAAAUACAGAACUGUUGGCAAUAUGCUGUGGUUUUGUUUAUUAGGGCAGGACCCCACGAACGAUUUCGGUGCGAUCCAACGCACUGUGCAAAAACGCAGGCGUCACGUCGGAUGCGACGAAAAUCAGGUAAGUAAUUCUAUUGUCAGAACGUGUUGCAGCGUUGAUGCAACACGACUGUCGGGUGCGACACAAUCUGACUAAAGCAUAGCCUCCUACUAUGGACCAAAACAUAGAAUUCUUUAAUCAGACAGAACUUAGUACCAGCAUUAAAAAUCUUACCGUUCACUUUAUUCAUCGAUGUUGCCGGUGUAAAUUCAAGCCCUGCAAGAUCAAAAAAAGAACCUACAUAAAAGAAUUAUAGAAAAGGUUUAAGACUUUAAUGUAAAGGUUUAAUGUAUUCCGACUUUUUAUCCAUUUCUCUUCUCCUGAAGCAGUUUUUUUGUCUAUCACCACCUCUUAUGUCCGUCACAAUUUCUUCUAGCACACACCUCCCCAACUGCAUUGGGUUAUGCUUAAAUUCAAUAAAAUGUCUGGAAACUUGA